CCUGUGGUCUCUCCUUUGUGCAGCAGGGCUGGGAUGGGUAGAGAGUGACUGGGGGGGCAUGGGGUACAUCAGCACCCCCCAUGGUGGACUGGCAGAGAGCAGAUACCCCCAGCAGCACUUCACAGGGUAAGAGGAUAACAUGCACUGAGAUUAUAAAACUGGAGUGACAUGUGCACACAUUAUAUUAUUACCACCUGGUUUAUAAUAUGUAUCUCUCUCUCUCCAUAUAAAUAUAAUUUAUUGAUUUAUAAUCUCUCUCUCUCUAAUUUAUAUGUCUCUCUCUCUCAUUGAUUUAUAAUAUGUUUCUCCCUCUCUCCAUAUAAAUAUAAUUUAUUGAUUUAUAAUCUCUCUCUCAUUGAUUGAUUUAUAAUAUGUCUCUCUAAUUUAUAUCUCUCUCUCUCUCAUUGAUUGAUUUAUGUGUGUGUCUCUCUCUCUCUCUCUUAUAUGUGUAUCUAUCUCUCUCUCUCAUUGAUUUUAUAAAAUAUCUCUCUCUCUCUCUCUCUCUCUCUCUCUCUCUCUCUCUCUCUCUCUCUCUCUCUCUCUCUCUCUCUCUCUCUCUCUCUCUCUCUUUUUAUGUUUUUGUAGCAGGACUGAUGAUUUGUGUGUGUAUAUAUAUUAUAUUUAUAUAUAGUUUAUUUCUAUCCAACUUGACCUCACCUAUGUUUAAUUUAUCAGAUUCUCCACUGGGUGUGUAGCUCCCAUAAUAUAGCACAUCUAACAAUGCACUGAGUAAUCUCUGGGUAUGGGGGCCAGUAUUUUAUUAUAUCUUAUUACAGCAGCAGAAUUAAGGAGUCACCCCAUGAAUGGAUGAUUUAGUCCAUACUGAUUGUUCCCCUCUCCCCAGCCUGAUUUGCAUUUCUCUAGUGAGGAUUUUCCAAUAUGGACUGGCAUCCCCUUUUGGUAUCAUUUAUUGGGCUGAUUUAGGAGCAGAGAUCAGUAUUAAACCAUGCACUCCUGCAUGGCAAGUGUUCCAUUACUGUCCAAUGCAGAAUGGCCAUGAAAUGUCACAAUGCAGGGACUGCUGUUACAAAUCAGGAAUUAUCAAUGGAUUCAUGUUUUGGGAGGAUUCAUUGCUGAUUUCUGUUUCCUGGUCUUGUUGCCCCCCAGCUGAGAUUGCAAACUGUGUGUUUCCUGUACAGUAAUAUCCCUACAGUAGGUCUCCCCAUCCCCCCUGUCUAUUCUUGGAAUGUUUCCCCCCUCACAUUUGAAAGUUGCCAAUUCCGUCUCACUCUUGGGAUGAAUCAGACACUGGGAUCUCAGCUCUGAAUGCAAUGUGCUAAUUGUAUCAAUGGGCACUCAGAGAAUUUUACUGACUUUAUUUUCACAUUACAGUUGGCUCUUCUGCAGAGAGUGUGUUAUUUAAAUGGGACGCAUUAAUUUGCUAAAGUAAGAGUUUAAUGGAUUGCUAGCUCUUUUGCCAAUAGCUGGUUUUACCAUUUCAAUGUCUGUCUCUUUCUAACCCAUUAGUGUAAGUGAUCCAUCUCAGCUCCUUGUUUUUAAAUGUUAAUUCUAAAAUCUGUGACUGUCACACUUCCACAUUUAUGUUGUUUGAUAAAAAGGGGUAACGUGCCCUGCUCUGUCUGAGAGUUGUGGGAAUUACUACUUUCUGCCAUAUAAAUGGAUUAGCUGCUGCAGCCUGGAAUAAUAGCUCCAAGUAAUCUCAGGCAGCAGUGGGACUUAUCAAACACGAUACACUAAAUGUUAACCCCUGCACCACCCUAACACACUAUAGUAAGUAUUAACCCCUACACCACCCUAACACACUAUAGUAAGUAUUAACCCCUGCACUACCCUAACACACUAUAGUAAGUAUUAACCCCUGCACUACCCUAACACACUAUAGUAAGUACAGCCCCGGGAAUCUUAAUGUUCAAGUGGGUGUCUUUGCUUCCUCCAGAAAGAACUCCCCAGGAACAUUUUGAAUGUGAUUUCUCUUUUUACUAGUGAAUUAUCACACCAGGAUGUUAUCAAGUAAAAGGAUUCUGCUGUCUACCCCAAGGAGGAACCCACUAGGGUUUUUAGGAAUCUGACCGGGAAAAUACUCUCGGUAAUAAGCCCCAAAUACAGAUACAGUUUUGCUAAGAUCAGUAUUGCAGAGCCUCUGGAUUAACUUCUCUUAAAAUAAAAUUGGCUUGAACACAACGGGACCAUUGGCAUCCAAAAUGUUUAUGGAAAAAUUCCUUUCCAAUGCCAUCUGGCUUCACUGGAAGACUUUUGGCCUCCGUUGUAUUUCUCAGAGAGGUUUAAGGGGGAUUGGUAGAUGUUUGGCCCCAGGAUUUCACCACGAAGGACCAUGAGAGGAAAGGGAAAAUGUUCCUUGUUACAUCAUUGUAUUUGACCUGGAAAUGUACAGAAGUUGAACACUUGAUUUAAUAGGGACUUGCACAUUCCUCAGGUCAUCAGCAAAGAAGGUUUCACUUGGAACAUGAAGCAAGGGUUUAGUCUUGUCAUCUGGAAUCACAUGUGACUUGUUUAUUCCUGAUAUUUGGACUUUGACUUAAAAUGUAAACUAUAGACCUGGGCUUAAUCUUAUUUUGUGGCUGCGAUCGGUGCUCCCCAUGUUAUGUUCCACCUCUUUUUUUUUCUAUAGUUAUCAUCAGCACAUUAGCUCAUUAAAACAUUAAAAAGUCUAUGUUUACUCUUUAAUUUACCUAUGACCUCCUCAGAUAUGGAGAUUGGGACUGUCCCAGAUCCUGGCCUUCAGUUAUGGGCCACCACACUAUGUAGAAAGAUAUUGUCCCGCCGGGUUCUGUAACUCUGAAAAAUCCCUACUAGGGGUCUCCCCAAAUAUGUCACCUUUUGUUGAUCCCCAAAACUAAAAGUGAUACGUAUCUGUGAGGAAAUGACUACUUAGAAGCAUGUUUGGCAAAUUCAGUAGUUUGACCUUGUGGCACUGAGGAUCAAUCACUAAAUUCGCUAAACCCAGAAGUGCAGGGAAGGCCAAAGUUCUUCGGCCACAAUAGAUGAAUGGUUAACCCAGCUGACUCAGAGAAUCUUUCCCAAUUUACUGUUGUGACCUCAUAUUUAGGAAUACGCUUAGAAUGCCCUCUCUAGAGAAUAACCCAGAGUGUGUAGACCUGCUUUUUUAUAUAUAUCGCAAAUUGAUACACUAUGUGAGACUCUCUUACUUGGUGGGGUUUUUGCCCUUAUCCUAAAAUAAGUGCUUGGCUUACAGGCUUGUUUCCACGUACCCAACUUACAUAACUGUAAAUUCCCAGGAUCCCAGAACUGACUUACUUUCUUUAAAGCUGUAAUGAUCUGAUAUCGCGUACCCUGUUCUGUCACAUAUUAACUUGAGAAUUGAAAAUGCUUUUGUCUCUUUUAAGCACUUUUUUCCAUCAAAGGUUUUAAAGCCAUCUGCUCCCAAAGCCUUCUCUGUGAGAUGCUGUCACCUCUUGUAUUCCGGACGCAGAUGUGAUCCUAUCAUGUCUUUUGUUUUGCCAAGUGCAUUUAUUCCUGAAUUCAGAAGGGCAUUUCAUUGAAUGUGAAAAGUCGCUGUGCCUGCGGUCACAGCCGGGGCUAGACACGGUUAUUUAGAAACUUAACUGCUUGUUGGAAGGCAUGUCCUUCCUAAUUUCUGUAAGAGGUUGUCGGGCUGGGAUUUAUGAGAGUUAUUUUUUCCUGUUUGUGAAGUGCCAGAGGUAGGCAAUCACUGUGAAAAAUACAAGUAAAUGGUCGAAUGAAACUCCCAAUGUUUCAAAUGGACAAAGAGUAGACUUUUUUAAUUAUAGGGAUUGGGGGGUGCAGUGGAGGGCUGUUAUGGGAAAUUUUAGGUGAUUUACUUAUAACAAUUCUAGACUGUAAGCUCGUUUGAGCAGGGUCCUUAACUACCUGUUGUUUCUGUUAAAUUUUGUUUUUGUCUCAUUUGAUAAAUUCCCCUUUUAUUGUAAAGCGCUGCGGAAUAAACUGGCGCUAUAUAAAUACUACUACUAAUAAUAAUGAACUAAAUGUAAUUUAGAACAGGAGCAAUGUAUCUUAUUUACACUGACUGCUUUCACACAUUUAUUGCAGUUACAUUAUGGGGAGUAUUAUUACUAUGGAGCUCUGUUACACACUCAGACACACAAACAAUAUGGAGGAGCAGAGGGACUGUCUCUCCUAAAUAGGGACACUUGAGAGCAUGUGAACAAAUUGGGAAUAGUAGUUCUAUUCCUUGGAGUGCUGAAGGUUAGUUAUAAUAGGUCCUCAGCUGAAAAUAGAUCACGUUGUGUUUCUUGCGACUAUAAAUCUGUCCAAUUUAAUCUGUAUAUACUGGUUUACAUUUUAAUAACGUCCUUGUUCCGUCAUUGCCAUAUUUAAAAAGUCAUGUGUCGUUUAGCCAUGGGGGAUCUCUUUUAACAUGGAUCAGUUCCACAAAUUUCUGGGUGACAAAGUCUAUUUUGGGUAAAUGAUACAAAUUGAAUCUGUACAUUGUCCUGGCAAAAUUAGCAAUUGAAUGUAUAGAUUACAUUUGUAUGUAAAAGUAGCAUCUUAAGACGUAAAGCACUUCAGCUUUUCUAUAUCUACUAAAUGUUGUUGUUUUGUUUUUUUUGUGUCAAUCAUGUUUAUUGAAAUUUUUCACGUUUUCCACAGAAAACUGUCAGCGUGUGUGGUGGGGAGGCUAGAAGCAAUGUAGGUGUACUGUGUUCCCUGGUCCGUGUUGGGCUUGGGGCCCAGCCUUAGGUGUCUUCGUACCUUUGGGCGUGGGUGUGUCUGUUUGCGGUUAUCUUGAGGAAGGUCUGUCUAGGUGAAGUGGUUUGGCCAUGUUCGGUUUGGUCCGUCCGUCGGUCUUUUCGUUCACGAGCGUCUGAUCUGAGCGUCUGUCUAUUGUGAGUCGAGUGGGUGCGGUUCUAACCUAAUUCUCUGUACAAGGUAAGGAUGAGGAUAGAGGGUAGUGGAGAAGGGACAGAGAGAGCAGGGAAAAGAGGAGGGGGUGGGGGAGGACUAAAGGGGAAAAGCACCAGGGGACCGGGUGGGAUCGCUCCCCCCUUGGCGCAUUGCCAUCCUCUUUUUAGUGUGGGGUCUAUAUCUAUAUGUCAGUUUGUUCUGGUUCUACCCCCUUGGGCCUGGUCCCGAACUUGGGUGUCCUUAAGCCACCCUCCUGGAGAUGUAUAGCCUCCAGGGGUACCAUUUUAAGGCGCACUUGUCUGAGCGCUCUCGCAGGGAGGCCGUCAGCAUUUCCAUGUCAUAAAUGUUCUCGACUUUGUCUAUCCAUUGCCUAAGAGUGGGGACUGUUGGGCAUUUCCAAUGCAGGGGUAUGAGUGCUUUUGCGGCAUUAAGCAAGUGAAUGGUAAGGGAGUUUUUGUAUGCCUGCGUGGGGGUGGGUGUGUGAUGCAAAAGCAUUGUCAAGGAUUGUAGGGGGAAGUCGUCUCCGGUGACCUCCUUGAUCUUUGUGUUGAUCAUCUGCCAGUACGCUGUAAUGCAAGGACAUGACCACCAGAUGUGUAAACUAGUUCCCAACGUUGUGCCGCAUCUCCAGCACUCGCCCAUGUUAGACUUGUGUAUGUGUCUGAGGGAAUCUGGUGUUCUAUACCAGUGUGUCAACAGUUUGUAGCUGGUUUCCUGAAACUUCGAGCUUAUGGAGCAUUUAUGAGUUAAGAGGUAUAUUUUUUCCCAGUCUUGGUCCGUCAGUUGUGUCCCGGUCUCCCUUUCCCACUUGCUCGUAUAACCUAAUGGGCUGCUGUCUCUGGUCCUCUGGAGCAUUGCAUAUAGGUGUGAAACCCCAUGGUCAAUGAGUCGUCUAUUCGUGCACAGUCGGUCAAAUUCCUAGAGUUGCCUCUGGAGAUGAUCUCUUCCAAGGAGUUUGGCAUGGUAUGUCUUCACUUGGUGGUAGUGGAAUUUGUCCACUUGGGUGGGUUGCCGGUCUGACAUCAAGUCGUCCAGUGGUUGGAGCGUUCCCCCAGAACACCACUGGCUUAUGUAGAUCCAGUCUGUCUUCUGGAAGUUUUUAAGGGCAGCUUGGGGGAGACCACCCGCCAAGUCCGGAUUGUGCGUAAUGGGUGUAAGCGGGCUCGGGGAAGUGGUUAGUUGUUGAGCAUAUCUCUGUCCGCACCAAAUCCUAAGGGUGGCGUCUAUCAUAGUGUUGCCUGUGUGGAGGUCCGAGAGGGUGGAGCCACCAAGCCAAAGUCUUGAUGGGACCAUGCCAUAUAUCUGUUGCAGUUCCAUGUUUACCCAGCAUUUAGGGCUUGGGCGUGCAUGCCAGUCCACUAUUCUGUGUAGAUUUGUGGCUCGGUAGUAUGAGAUCCCAUAAAUGUAGCAUGAGCCCAUUAUGUUUGCCGUAUGUUGCCACAUCCCCUUUCUUUAAACAUUGGCCUCCUCCCGGGCCUCAAUGGGUUGCGGUAUGCCAGAGAGUGUGCCGUUGCCGUUUAUGAUGGGGUUGCCCUGUGUUAUGGCUGAGUCCCGGUCCCUCUUGGGUGCUGUGCCCCCUCCCGUGACCCGUCCACCCUAGCUAACCUGAACCCAUGUGGACCCAUGUAGGACCAGGGGUGCCUUAUUCCCUGUGUAGCCCUGUGGAGGGUUCUUUUCCCUGCCCGCACCCCUCCCAAUCAAUGGCUCCCCGGGAUUAUCCUACCUCCGAGCUGCGGUGGGGCCAACGGGGCAAGGAGAACAUGGUACAUACCCAGUUCAACCAGUCUUGGUGUCCCUGGGCCAUGGUGUGUUCACUGGGGGGUGGUUAUCCACUCUGGCCUGUAAGCUAAACGGGAAUCCCCACUUGUACGGGACCCGCUUCUCCUAAAGGGGGCUGGUGAGCGGUUUCAAAGCCCUUCGUGGAUCGAGGGUGAGGGUGGACAAGUCCUGGUAUGAUAUGUGCGAGUCCAUAUAUCUAAAAGAGCGCUCUGGCAGCUCUCAUAAUUGUCUCGUUCAGCUGGAACGACCGCAAGCAGCAGACCAGUUCCCUGGGUAGGCCGUCUCUCCGUGGGGCCCUAAGUGCCCUAUGUGCUCUCUCUAAUCCAAGUCCGGCGGUGCCCCGACCACCCAGGAUUUGGGGAAACAGGCCUCCCAGCAACUCCCGCGGUGUUUCCCCGUCUGAUUCUGGCAUACCCCUGGCGCGUAUAUAGUUGUGCCGGCCUUGGUUUUCAAGAUCUUCCACCUGACGUCUGAGAUUGAGGAGUAAGUUUCCUUGCCUUGUGGUAGCCAGGUCAGUGGCCCGCUGGUGCUGUGCUGUUUGUAGGCGCUGGACUUCCAGGUCGUCGACCCUGUGUUCCAGCGCUGCAAGGUCCCUCCACACCGCAGUGAUUUCUUCUCGGAUAACGGAGCGGAGUUCUGCAAUCAGGUCUGUCUUGUCCUCCCGGGUGAGUAUGUUUGCCGAGAUCGAUGCCAGGUCGGCUGACAUCUGCGUGAGUGCGUCUCUCCUCGGGGAGUCCUGUGUGGAGCCCAGGUUCUGUGGGGUGGAGAGGUAUUCGUCCAUUGGUCCAGGUUGCUGGCCCGUGGGUGCCUGCGGUUUACCCAUGAGGACGGUGAUUAACGCUGUGUGUAAAAGGCUUUGGCGGGUUGGGGCCUAGGAGCUCUUGUCGUCUGCGUCCUACUCCAUCAGCAGCCAAGCCACGCCCCUCCGUCGUUUUUUGUUUUGUUUUUCUAACAUAGUGUUCUAGAACUCCGGGCUGGAGACUGAGCCAUUCUAUUUCAGUGUAAUAUACACACGAUGUAUUAACAAAAUGGGAAAAAUUGUAAAGGGUAAACGUGAUACCUGUUGAACUCAUACAUUGGCUGGAAAUUCCCAGCUGUGCAGCUUCUGCCAUGGUUUCCCAACAAAUCCGAAAGUAACUGUUGCUUGCUAUGCUUUUAAUACUGAUUCUCAGUAAUGUUUUAUGGGCAGAGUAAACUAGCAAAGAAAUCCAGAUUUGCCUUUCCUUUCCUUUGAAUAAUAAUAUUUCGUUCUUUUUGUUCCAGGUUUUACAGCAGCCAUCAUGGACAAGAAAAAACAGUAAGUCUGGGACAGUAGGCUUCCAUUGAUUUCCAAAAAUGCAGGGUGAGGUGAUACAGGUUGAUGCUGGGGCGACCGACAACAUCCCCAAAGGUAACAAGAGUGCCCCACAGAGCCCUCUGAGAGGCACCCUCCGGAGAGCAGCCGCUGCUGUCUCUUUUGAAGGGGUCACAACCAGUGAGGCCACUAUCGAGAGGAAGAAGAGGAAAAAAAAGGAGCCACGGCCGGAGUCGAUAAUCGUGUAUCGAUCGGACAAUGAGAAAUUCUUGGAAGAAGAGCAAGCCAAUCAGGAAGGAGGCGAGAAGAGCACUGAGGAGGGAGCACGAUUUGUCGGAACACCAGGUUCUGAUGGUACGUACUGUCUGUGGACCAAAUUGUCUCCACUGUAUUAGAGCUGUGUCGUUAUCAAGAAUGCUGGUGGAUUAUGUAUUCUUUACUCUUCUAUAUACAUGAUUCAAUUUUAGUAUUUCAGAAUAAAUUGGUGUUGCUUAAAGUGCCGACAGGAAACCCAAUCCUUUAUGAUUUAGGUAAGAAACACAAAAAUAUGAAAACCAGGUAUAGGCAGUUCAUAUGUUUUGUUUUUCAUGUAACAUCAAAUUUUAGUGAAUUAAAUCCAAAAGGCAAAUUAAGGCUGAAAUAACCAUUCUGUAAUUAUUCGUGGGUAUCAGCUAUUUUAACAUCAACUUUUGCAAUUCAGAUUUCUUUUGCAAAUAUUCUCCAAUGUCUGUGUUUGGUGAAUAAAUCCCACUGUUGGACAGAGGAGUGUUUGCAUUUUAUCUGUUGGAAUAAUUGCAUCUUCUGCAGUUUUGAAGAUAUUUAUAUUUCUAGGCUUCAGUUUUGUAUUUACAUUUUUAAAAAUAUAUAUAUAAAAAAAAAAAUUCCUAUGAAAUAAAAUGAACCUCCUAACUACUUAAAAUAUCACUCAAUUGAAAAUAAAUGUUUAAAACAAUUUAGUAGACACACCACAAUCAUGUAUGUAUUUGUCUUGCUGCCGCUGGCUCCGCUUCCAUGGCUGAGAUAACCGGUCUUGCUGCUCUCAGCCAAUCCAAUGCUUUCCCAUAGUGCUGGGUGACAUCAGAGAGAGAGAGAGAGAGAGAGAUAUCCGCGCUGGAAUCUGGUAAGUAAGGGAGCUAUAGUAUCCUUUUAAAUUUCCGUCCUCUGCAUGAUCAUGAUUUUUACUCUACCCAUAUUGUAAACUUAGCUUCUCCUUUGAUCUGUGCUAUCAUGUGGCUGAUAGGAGCACACACCGCUUUCUCCACUCUUGGCCCUGCUCUGUGCACAAAUAUUGAAAGGGAAGGGGACUGAUUUGAAUGUUUUGUGUAGACCGUGCAUAUUUACAUUGUAUUAGUGCUUGGACAGCUUAGUGGAGAGGCAGUACUUCCCAGUAUGAAUGCAGUGAGGAACGGGUGGAGUGUAGGCACUGGAGAUGAAGAUGAAAAUAACGAAAAUGUUUGUUUGAGGACUUCAAAUAUAGGUUUUUCAGGUACAUUUUAUUUGAAUCAUAAUCUCUACAAUAAGCUCUAAUAAUGUAGCUGAAUUGGUUAUGGUACUUGGUAUGUCAACCUGAGAGAUGUGUGUUUUUAGUUGUGCAUUAACACUGGGCUAAUGGACUGUAUUUUCCAGGAGGUUGGCGUUUGCCCCCAGACAAUCGUUACGUCACCUUAACUGGCACAAUUACCCGUGGAAAGAAGAAGGGACAGAUGGUGGACAUUCAUGUAACCUUAACAGAGAAAGAGCUCCAGGAGCUUGCAAGAUCCAAGGAACCUUUACAAGACGAGCCAAUGGAAAGCAAGCAGGCCUGUUCAGUUGGGUGGGACAGGGGUCCUCACAUUCUCCUCUGGAGCAUUCUUUGUUUGCCAGUUAUAUUUGUUCUUUCGUUCGUGUUAUCAUUCUAUUAUGGAACCAUCACGUGGUAUAACAUCUUCUUGGUUUAUAAUGAGGAAAGGACUUUCUGGCACAAGAUAACCGUAUGCCCCUUCCUGAUGAUCUUCUACCCCAUCAUUAUCGUGGUGCUAUCUGUGUCGCUAGCUCUGUAUGCCUCACUGGCCCAGAUCGCAUGGUGCUUUGGUCAGUGGUGGCAUGCUGUGAAGGACAUGGAGAAAGGUGUUUGUGGUUGGAUCUGCAGCAAGUUGGGUCUAGAGGACUGCUCUCCGUACAGUAUUGUGGAGUUACUAGAUUCAGACAAUAUCUCUGGAAGCCUUUCUGCAAAGGGGUCCACGCAGGGUGUGGAAACAUCGGCAGUUUGAUUCACUGGUCUUCCUUUUUUUUUUUCUUUUUUUUUUUUGUGCAAAUGCUUGUUGAUACGUGUGGUUUUGUUUGUUCCACGAAUGAUUAAAGCACCAAACUCCUUGCCUGGCAACUUACUGACACAUGACUCUCUAUUCAAAGGAAUUUCACUGCAAAAGAUGCAAGAGAUUUCUGUUCUAAUGGUUUGCAGGGUCAAUGACUGACAACACAAUGGCAACUUGAUUCAAUUUAAGAGUGGCUCUGUCACAUAACCAAGACUCAGGGCAUCUUAUUUUUUUGGAAUAUUUUAUUUAUAAAUAUCUAUGGAUUUACUCAAAAAUUAAAAAUCACAAUCUGCUCUAAAGAUUUCUACUUGCCUUUUGAACACUAUUACACCUAACGUAGACAGUGUUUAUAGUUUGCAAUGAUCAAUGCAUUGUGUUACCAAAUAAUAUGCACUUUUAAUGUGAUAAAUGGGGAAACCAGACAGGUAAUAGCCAUACAAGACGUGCAGACCCCCUAAGCAUAGAGACACAUAUUCACUGAUAGCUGGCUUCAUUAAACGAGGCCGAUAUUUUGGAAAAUUGUUGUUAUUGGGAACAUACAUAUACAUCUCAGAAAUAUCAAAGAUCCUCAGAAUUGCUGCAAAAUAUACAUCAAAUACAGUUCACAUUAUGUAAAUGCCUUAUGGGGCUAACUGGACAUUUUUUUUUUUUAACACUUCCAAUCUGACCAUGUGGUUUAUACAGAGCCCUCUAAAUAAAUAUAUAUUAUUCAUUGGAAUUAAUCUGCAUAGAUGGACACAUUAUGGUCAGAAAGAGGGCAGACUCAUCACACUGAAAAUCCCUCUCUUUAUUUUCUAACUAAUCUAAAGUUUAAAGAUGGAUAUGCGUAUAUUUUCUGUUACUUUACACUGGACCCUUUCUCAUUGUAUGCUGCUUGCUAUUCUCCUAGUGCAAUCUACGGAUCGGUUACCCAUUAUACAUAAUGUCCCUUUAUAAUUCACAAAUCAUUUUAAAAUGGACGAAAGGUAAAUAUUGAACUUUUUGAUUUAUUUUGAUGUUCCCAAACUCUGCAAAAAAUCACCAACUCCGCUAUAUAACUGUUAUAACCUGAAUCUUGCUAUUUGGAUCUAAAUGUGGUACAAUUCAGAAUUUCGUGAAUAAACUCGUUACUUUGUUUUUUUGUUGGAACAUAUUUUUUUUUUUUUGUCCACUAUUUAUUCAUAGAUUUAUAUAAAGAUUUGUCAAACGAUUCUCAAUUAUUAUUUUUUUAAAUUCGAUUUGCAGCUGGCUCUGCACUUUCAUGUAAUUGGUGAAUAUUUCAGAAUGUUUCUUUCUUUCCUAGAUAUUUAAACAUUAUGUCGGUUAAGGCCACCUUUGUCACAUCCGCUGUGGAACAUUCUGCAUGCAUCGAUCAUAUCCCUCCCCUUUCUUUCUAUAUCCAUAACGAAGUUACCAUAAUAUGACUGCUGUUUGUUUAGGCAAAGAUAAUGCAAAUCUGAUGUAUCGGAUUGUUACCCUCCCUGUAUGCCUCACACAGGCCCACAUAUCGCCUGAUUAACCUUGACAUCCAAAUAAAUAUUUCCUAUUGAU